GCAGAACGGAAGGCCCUGGCUGCAGCUAGCCAGGAGGGGAGCUAGCCUGUCUGCCCCUACCAGUUAGCCAGCUGUGGCACCCCGGCAGGGCUUGCAAAGGCUUGCAGGAGUGCAGAGGGGCCCGCCUCAUUCUCCUGUCCCAUUUCCCACCCCCUGGCCUGGGAUUUGGGGCAGCUCCUGGAGAGGCCAGCUUCCCUCUGAGCAGAGCACAAAAGCUAGGAGCUGAGGUCCCUGCUUGCACACUUUGUGGGCCAGAGCCCUGGUGAUCAGCCUGGGGAUCCAGCUCCGAGGAGAUGCCAGCAGCGCGUCGGUUCCCUGGCCUGGAGCUCUCCUUCCCGCUCCUGGCCAGACUGCGGCGACGUCUGUACACAAGGCUGGGAAGCAGCAGCAUGCAGCCAGAGGAGGGCACGGGCUGGCUGCUGGAGCUGCUGUCCGAGGUGCAGCUACAGCAGUACUUCCUGCGGCUCCGCGAUGACCUCAAUGUUACCCGCCUGUCCCACUUCGAGUAUGUCAAGAAUGAGGACCUGGAGAAGAUCGGCAUGGGCCGGCCUGGCCAGCGGCGGCUGUGGGAGGCAGUGAAGAGGAGGAAGGCCCUGUGCAAACGCAAGUCAUGGAUGAGCAAGGUGUUCAGUGGAAAGCGGCUGGAGGCUGAGUUCCCUCCUCAUCACUCCCAGAGCACCUUCCGGAAAACCUCACCCACCCCAGGGGGCCCAUCAGGGGAGGGCUCCCUGCAGAGCCUCACCUGCCUGAUCGGGGAGAAGGACCUGCGCCUCCUGGAGAAGCUGGGCGACGGCUCCUUUGGCGUGGUGCGCAGGGGCGAGUGGGAUGCGCCCUCGGGGAAGACGGUCAGUGUGGCUGUGAAGUGCCUGAAGCCCGAUGUGCUGAGCCAGCCAGAGGCCAUGGAUGACUUCAUCCGGGAAGUCAACGCCAUGCACUCGCUUGACCACCGAAACCUCAUUCGCCUCUAUGGUGUGGUGCUCACACCACCCAUGAAGAUGGUGACAGAGCUGGCGCCUCUGGGUUCGCUGUUGGACCGGCUGCGGAAGCACCAGGGCCACUUCCUCCUGGGGACCCUGAGCCGCUAUGCUGUGCAGGUGGCUGAGGGCAUGGGGUACCUGGAGUCCAAGCGCUUCAUUCACCGUGACCUGGCUGCUCGAAAUCUGCUCUUGGCUACCCGGGACCUGGUGAAGAUUGGGGACUUCGGGCUGAUGCGAGCGCUACCCCAAAAUGAUGACCACUACGUCAUGCAGGAACAUCGCAAGGUGCCCUUUGCCUGGUGUGCCCCCGAGAGCCUGAAGACACGUACCUUCUCCCACGCCAGUGACACGUGGAUGUUCGGGGUCACGUUAUGGGAGAUGUUCACCUACGGCCAGGAGCCCUGGAUCGGCCUCCACGGCAGUCAGAUCCUGCAUAAGAUCGACAAGGAGGGGGAGCGUCUGCCCCGGCCCGAGGACUGCCCCCAGGACAUCUACAAUGUCAUGGUCCAGUGCUGGGCCCAUAAGCCGGAGGACAGACCCACGUUUGUGGCCCUGCGAGACUUCCUGCUGGAGGCCCAGCCCACAGACAUGCGGGCCCUUCAGGACUUUGAGGAGCCAGACAAGCUGCAUAUCCAGAUGAACGAUGUCAUCACUGUCAUUGAAGGAAGGGCUGAGAACUACUGGUGGCGCGGGCAGAACACACGGACGCUGUGUGUGGGGCCUUUCCCUCGCAACGUGGUGACCUCAGUGGCUGGCCUGUCGGCCCAAGACCUCAGCCAGCCUCUGCAGAACAGCUUCAUCCACACGGGGCAUGGCGACAGUGACCCCCGCCACUGCUGGGGCUUCCCUGACAGGAUUGACGAACUGUAUCUGGGAAACCCCAUGGACCCUCCUGACCUUCUAAGUGUGGAGCUGAGCACCUCCCGGCCCACCCCGCACCUAGGAAGGGUGAAACGGGAGCCUCCACCUCGCCCACCUCAGCCUGCCAUCUUCACUCAGAAACCAACCUACGACCCUGUGAGCGAGGACCAAGACCCGCUGUCCAGCGACUUCAAGAGACUGGGCCUGCGGAAGCCAGGCCUGCCCCGAGGGCUGUGGCUAGCGAAGCCCUCAGCCCGGGUGCUGGGCACCAAGGCCCGUGGCGGGGGCGAGGUCACGCUCAUCGACUUCGGGGAGGAGCCUGUGGUCCCCGCCCCUCGGCCCAGCGCACCCUCCCUGGCCCAGCUGGCCAUGGACGCCUGUUCAUUGCUGGACAAGACCCCGCCCCAGAGCCCUACUCGGGCCCUGCCCCGGCCCUUGCACCCCACGCCUGUGGUGGACUGGGACGCUCGCCCGCUGCCCCCGCCUCCUGCCUAUGAUGACGUAGCUCAGGAUGAGGAGGACUUCGAGGUCUGCUCCAUCAAUAGCACCCUGGUGGGCUCAGAGGUCUCUGCAGGGCCCAGCCAGGGCGAGACCAAUUACGCCUUCGUGCCUGAGCAGGUGCGGCGCCCCCUGCCCCUGGAGGACAACCUGUUCCUCCCGCCCCAGGGUGGCAGUAAGCCACCCAGCUCCACCCAGACCGCAGAGAUCUUCCAGGCGCUGCAGCAGGAGUGCAUGCGGCAGCUGCAGGUGCCGGCUGGCUGUCUGGCCCACUCUCCCAGCCCAGUGGGCGACGACAAGCCCCAGGUGCCACCUCGGGUACCCAUUCCCCCUCGGCCCACACGCCCACGUGUCGAGCUGUCUCCAGCCCCCUCAGGAGAGGAGGAGACAAGUCGGUGGCCUGGACCUGCCUCCCCUCCCCGGGUGCCUCCAAGGGAGCCCCUGUCCCCUCAAGGCUCGAGGACCCCCAGCCCCCUGGUGCCACCCAGCAGCUCCCCGCUGCCACCUCGGCUCUCAAGCUCACCUGGGAAGACCAUGCCUACCACCCAGAGCUUCGCCUCUGACCCCAAGUACGCCACGCCCCAGGUGAUCCAGGCACCUGGCCCACGGGCCGGUCCCUGCAUCCUGCCCAUCGUCCGCGACGGCAAGAAGGUCAGCAGCACCCACUACUAUCUGCUGCCGGCCCCCCCACCCUACCUGGAGCGCUACCAGCGCUUCCUGCGCGAGGCCCAGAACCCCGAGGAGACGGCGCCCCUGCCUGCACCCCUGCUGUUGCCCCCACCCAGCACCCCAGCCCCAGCCGCCCCCACUGCUACUGUUCGACCCAUGCCCCAGGCUGCCCCAGACCCCAAGGCCAACUUCUCCACCAACAACAGCAACCCAGGGGCCCGGCCCCCUGCCCUGAGGGCCUCUGCUCGGGCACCACAGAGAGGCUGCCCUGGGGAUGGGCCGGAGGCUGGACGGCCAGUAGACAAGAUCCAGAUGCUGCAGGCCAUGGUGCAUGGAGUGACCACAGAGGAGUGCCAGGCUGCCCUGCAGAGCCACGGCUGGAGCGUGCAGAGGGCUGCCCAGUAUCUCAAGGUGGAACAGCUCUUCGGGCUGGGUCUGCGGCCACGGGGGGAGUGCCACAAAGUGCUGGAGAUGUUCGACUGGGACCUGGAGCAGGCCGGCUGCCACCUGCUGGGCUCGUGUGGCUCCGCCCACCACAAGCGCUGAAGUGCUUCAGGAGAGCCGGAGGGUCUGCUCUGAAGGAAUCACUUGAGCCUGUCCGUCUGACAAGGGCGGGGAGACGCCCCACCCAGACCUGGAGGACCUGCUGCUCCCAGUGGACGGAGCGAGGCCAGGGCAGCAGGAGGCUAGGAGCCUCGCCUUGCCCGUCCCUCCCUCACCCAGCACGGUCCCUGCACACUUCGGUUCAAGCCUCGACUCCAGCCAGGAUGUGAGGAAGAGCCUGUGAAGGCAGGCCCCGUGUACGACCUGCCUCUGGCUUCCGUCCAGGGCUGGGGUGGUGCCCCCAGCUGCCCAGAAGGACCGGACUGAGAGGAAGCCAGGCUUGACCUGGGCAAGGAGGACGUGUUGGCCACAUAGAAGAUGGACCCGUGCCCAGUGGGCCCCCAUGGGCUGGGCCCCUCUCCAGGGAGAGAAAGACAGUUGGGGUGUCAGGCAGAGUGACUUGCAGCCUCGCCGUAGACAUGUUACAGGGCUUGGCUGGUCUUAGGGUUCUGUGCCUGAAAAUAGCCCGAGGUGGCUCGGGAAAGGGUGAAAGGGUGCCAGGCCAUUCUCUGGCAGGGACCAGGGCCCAGGGCCCCAGGGUUGGAAGGCGACCAAGGGGCAGCUGCUCUGGAGGGACACCAGUGCUUCCUCCUGACCCCAACUCUUCCCCUGUGCUGUUCUGUGUUUCCCCACCAUCUCUGUUGCCAAAGUCGCCGGCCCAGCCAUCCAUACCUGCUUCUUCCAGAGAAAUAAAAGUUAGUUUCUAUUUUAUGUUA